AUGUGGAAGCAGCCCGCGCUGGCGGAUUCCCAAGUUUGUUGCGGCGGCGGCUGUUACAUUUGUAGCAUCGCUGUCAAGAUACCAAAAGUGGCUUUUCGCCACACUUCUUCCAUAAUCGUCAGAAUAAUCCAGCAAGCUUUUGAUAAAUAUGACUUUGUGGAUGUUGUCGGCUUCGUAAACGGGUUUACCAGCAGAUUUGACGGUCAUGGUUUUUAUCAGAAAAAACGCACUGUUGAUUGGGGCCGACCGCGUGUCACCACCAACAGUAGCGCCGUCUGCGAGGGCCUGAAAUGUGAAAUUUACACGGAAAAGGGCGUUGUACCAGUCGUAGACAUUGUCCCUGUCUUUCACAGAGAACUCCUAACCACUUUUUUGUUGAUGCUGAUUGUUGCCCGGAAGCCAUUUUUAAGAACUCUGGUGGCAGAAACCUUAGUUACUGCUCACUUAUCAUGUGCUUAUUCAGGCCCCAUCAGCGCAACAAGUUCUUUGGGGACAUUAGAACAAACAAGCACCACCGAAGCGUCAGCCAUUGUGCCCACACCGACAGCUGUAUCAGAGUCCAUAAAUGGAACAAGUUUCUUGGGAGAAUCCCAUCUAACAGUCGUCUCGAAACAUUGGCCAUCGUCGUCAGCUAUUCGGCCCUCGCCGACGUCUGUCGCUGCGUCUUCUUCUUCUGCAUCAGUUCCUGGUUAUGUUCCAUGGGUGUAUGGAUACAAUAAUGGUUCCAACUCUCUCGAGAUUACCUGGUCCCCUAUACCUGAAGAAGAUACUCAUGGAGUUCUUCUUGGCUACGUGGUGUAUUUCAGACGUUAUCGUUCCUACGAGAACUUCACCCCUGUCAGAGUGAACGCAAGUACCCAAGUAUUGAGGAUUACAGGUCUCAUGGAGGCCACGAGAUAUGAAAUCAAAGUUGCAGGUCGUACAUCUGUUGGAGAGGGUCCUUUGCGUACCACAUAUCAGAGCACAGCUUGUGGACAGACCUUCAAUGGUACAACAAGUGAAAUCAAUUUAAUAACCUCAUACUAUUCAGGAUAUUGUAACUGGGAAAUCCAUUCACCUUUAGUGAACUCAAGCGUACUUCUCGUUGUUCAACGUUUCCAAAUGCAGUAUUGCGGGUAAGAACUUUGAAUCAUUCCAUUAUUGUUAUGAACUUACUUCCAUGUGGUUGUGUUACCAGAGGCAGCCCAGACCUACUGUAUGUGGAAUGAAUUUAUAAACAACCGAACCAUAACAUUUAUGUCUUCAAAUCUUCUGAAACAAAUGAUAAUGCUGAGUGCUGUAUUUCCCGCACUCUGUUUACUGGGCCAGAGGAUAAACAAUAAAUACACAAAAAACGUGUUGCCAAAGGCUCAUAGCCCGUUUAAUUGUUUGUGUAAAUUGAAAUAAUGUAUAGCUAUGAGCAAAGGCCCAUAGUCACCUCAUUACAAAAUUUUAUUAAAGGACUUAUAUUGUCUUACUUCACAAAUAAAGAUUUUGCCCAGCAAAGGUGAGGGAGACCAAAACGCAGACGCAGGCCUCUAAGGCUUAAAACAAGCGCCCAGGCCACGGGGAAAAGGUGGGAAAAGGUGGGAAAAAGCAAUCGGACAAGCGUUACUACGGAAGUAAACUCCGUGAAACACACAGAUAUUUCAACAGAUUUCGAAAGUCAAAUUCGUAUAGGAGCGAAAUAUUCUUCCAGUUUUCGGUUCAAAGGAGUCGAUACUAUCAAACCAUUCCGUAGUUGAACAUAAUUUAUUGGUCACAACCAUUAGUAUUGGAAACUUAUACAAUUUGUCGCUUAGGCUUCCAGUUGAGGUGCAUGUGAAAUAAAAACGUUUGUGUUACAGGUACAAGCAUAAUAAUAGUUCCAACCGUAUGUUGUAAGAAAGUUGCUCUUUUGUACUAAAAUGCGGCAAACUUGCUAAAAGAUUCAGUUUCCCAUUCCAACAAGUUACAGUAAACAGCAUUUUUUCCGACUGAGUUAUUUGGUGAAAGUGAUUGAAGUUUUCCGGAUAGCAAAGUGGAUCGAGUAAAUGAGCCCUUACGGUUUCCUGCUGUACAUAAACAUUUACGGAAGACCAGGAAUUAAAAUCCCUGGAGCUUAGCCAAAAUGAGUAACUGAUCUAAACGCAUGCGUAUUCUGUUAUUGUCUAGGCUACUUCGGAUACUCCACCGAAAUCAGUUGACCGUGAAGGCCUGAGAGAAAGCCGUACAGCAUUUCUUUACACGCCAUCUUUCGACAUGCCAUGUAACCAGGCAUACGUCAAAAAUGUAAACACAACGGACUUCUUCACGGUCGAACUCGACUUUUAGUCGUGAAAGAUAGAUUUAUUUGACAUCAAACUAAGGUAAGGAGUAUCAUGAAGUGAUUCUGUGAGAGCUAAAUCGACUGUUUUACUAAACGCAGGAGCGGCCUAGCUAAUUCUACCGGAAGUGACUAUUGAGAGCCUAUCGAUUAGACGCAAUGUCGUUUUGAUUAUCCCGUAAAUCUGGAAACAUGCAAAGUCCACAAUCUUCUUCAGCCAUUUGAGGUCAGUAAUUAACAUUUGUUUGCUAUUUUUUCCGCUAAUAACCGGAAAAAUUGCCAGUUUAACAGUUAAACGGUCUUUCAGCCGGUUAAAUAGCAUGUGGAAAGAUGACAUGUCGAAAGUUGGUCGAAAUAUGUCGCCUAUGCAUGUAACACUGGAAGUGGAUGUAACCGGAAUUUGUUCCCUUUUUGCUACCCGAGGUAUUAUCUAUUUUAAAAGAAUUCAAGGCUGGCUAUAAGGCCAACUCGACGCGAAGCUCAAUAAAUUCUCGAAUAGUCAACGGAGCUGUUCCAAAUUGCGAUCGGCUGAACCAUGUACUUCGUUAUUUCUUGUAUAUUGGUCGCUGGCUUCCAAAACCCAUCGCAACUGCCCGAGAACCACUAAUUUAUCACCAAAUUUGCUAGACCUAUUAGCUCCGCCAUGAACUCUAUUAUCGAUGAUUUGCUUUCCUCCAAAUGGUAAGUCAUUGUCAUGAGUCGCGCGGUUUUUUUA